AUGGAGGAGGCCAGCGACGCCGUGUGGAAAGAACUCCCGGAUGCGCUGAUCGAGCGCGUUCUCACGCUGGUGCCGGUGCCCAGAUUGCUACAAAUGCGCGCCGUGUCCAAGGAGUGGAGUUUGUUGAUCCUCUCGCAGGGCUUCAUCAAUCUGUGCGCCCGGAUGGAUCGAUCCGGCGGCGGCGGCAGCGGGGAUUCGUCCUUCUUCCUCUUUUUCACCGCCACGGGGCCGGGCGGCGCCGCCGUGAUAGCGGCGCUCAGCCCCGUGAGCGGCUGCUGGCAGCCUCUCUCUUUGGAUCCAAUCUUUGGGAUGGAGAUGGAGGUCUCGGUCGUGGCGUCUGGCGGAGGGCUGCUGUGCCUCACCACCGCGUCGCGGAUCAUAGCGUGCAAUCCUCUCACCAGAUCGUGGAGGCUGCUGCCGGAGAUCCCUGGCUGCUCGCGGCUGCUGCCGCUGCUCACGGCCAUCCAGAUCGAUCAAAAGGGCGGGUACAAGAUCCUCGUCGCGGGGCCGGGCGGGUGGAGCGAUCAGAGGACCUUUGUGUUUGAUUCGACCGCACCCUCGGCGUGGGCGCGCAAGGGGGAUCUGCCCAUCGACGUGCUGGAUCUCGAGAGCGAAGGCGUGGUGAGCGCCGGAUUCCUCUACGUGACGUGCUUGAUCCCGCGCUGCCGGCUCCUGGCGUUCGAUUUUGCCCGCGGCGAGUGGAGCAAGACCCAGAUCCCUCUCCCCACCGGGAUCGCGAGCUCCAAUCUGGUGCUGUGCGGCGAGGAGGUUCAUCUCGUCGCCGCGCUGGGCGAGGCAAUCCGGAUCUGGAAGCUCGGCAAGGAGGCCCAAUCGUGGGAUCUUGUGGAAGAGAUGCCACGGGAGCUGUGCUGCUGCUUUCUGGAUGGCGGGGCUGGGAGAGAUUCCUUCCGCUGCGCCGGGCGCGGCUCCUGGAUCUUUGUCUUGAGCUACGAUGGCGUGCUCGUGUGCGCGCUGGAUCUUGCGACGAGGGCUUGGCGAUGGCUGCCGGAGUGCAAGGGGAUCGUGGAGGGGCGGUGCUGCGUGGAGGCAUUCUUUGUGGCCGAGCCAGCAUUGAACAUUCCAAUCUAA